AUGGGUCCAUUUAUAACCAAGCCCCGUGGCGAAUCGUGCCGACAAAUAACAAGGAAUAGUUACCUCUCCCAUCGGGAGCUCUAUGAAGGACGCAGAUUACUCCCUGUGCGACGCAAUGAAGCCUUACCACCGGCAUUGCCAGCGAAGGAGGUCACCAAAGUAGCCCUCCGCUUGAAGUACCAGAUCGAGCAGGUUAUCCCCUGCGAACUCGACGAAGAUUCUGUAACCAAGGCCAAUAGCAACAUUCUCACCAAGGCCGUCAUCCAGACCACACGUGAAGCGGUGAAAUGUAUCAAGUACGUUUGGCACGGCUGGCUGUGCCAGGACGACAAAGACCCCUCCACCUUCAUUGAAUACCCUGAAAGAGUCAAUACGAAAUACUGGUCACACGUCAAUCCUGAUAGACUGAGAGCUCCAAUCUACCAGAAUACGGUGCAAAUAUUCUUCUCUCUGUUGUACUUGGUCCUGUAUACCAUCGUGAUAAACACGAUCAACCCAUCAGGUGAUCUUGAUAUCGUGGAAGGAAUCCUCUACAUUAUGACACUGGGCUUCGUAUGCGAUGAAUUUGCCAAGUUUUGGAAAGUGGGCCGCUUCUACUUUGGCUUUUGGAAUGCUUUCAAUUCCACCCUGUACAUUCUGCUUGUCAUCUCAUUCAUCCUGCGUAUUGUCGCUCUCACGCGCUCGCCGGAUAGCGGUGAUGCUGAGCGGAUCAGGUUUAAUGCCCUCAGCUACAACUUCCUUGCAUUUUCUGCUCCAAUGUUCUGGGGCCGGAUACUGCUCUACUUGGACACAUUCCGCUUUUUCGGCGCCAUGCUCGUGGUCUUGAAGGUCAUGAUGAAGGAAAGUUUGAUAUUCUUUGCGUUAUUGGGAGUUGUCAUCAUUGGAUUCCUGCAAGGGUUCAUGGGGAUGGACCAAGCUGAUCCCAAGAACGCCAUGACAGCUUCGAAUAUUCUUCAGGGGAUGGCAAACAGUGUUAUGCAGAGUCCAGAUUUCGGUGUCUUCCAGGAAUUCGCUGCACCCUUUGGCAUUUUGCUGUAUUACUUCUUCACCUUUGUGGUGAUGGUCAUUCUCCUUAACAUCCUCAUUGCUCUCUAUAACAGCGCAUAUGAGGAUAUCACGGGAAACGCCAUAGACGAAUAUAUGGCCUUAUUCGCACAGCGAACCUUGCAAUUCGUCCGCGCCCCUGAUGAAAACGUGUUCAUAGCCCCCUUAAACUUGAUCGAAAUCUUCCUCCUCAUCAUCCCCUUCGAGUGGUGGCUCCCCUCAGCCCGCUACGAGCGCCUCAACCACUACGUAAUGGGCAUAAUCUACUCUCCUUUGCUCUUGAUCACGGCUCUGAUCGAGACACUAAACGCCCGGCGUAUCCGCCUCAACCGCCGGCUGGGCGAAGAAGAUGACGACAUACUCCAGGAAUGGGAGGAAGCGGCACAAAAUUUCCAACGGAUUUUCAGGCGGAGAAUUGGGAUCUGA